GACCCGACUGGCGGGUGGGGAGAGGCGGCACCGUGGCUGCGGGACUUCUGGGGCAACCCGCGGCCCUUAGGUCCAGACCCGACUUUGAGCCGCAAGAAUCCGUCCUGCUUUCUUCCGGGACUCGUCCCAACUCUGUCCCGGAGUGACCGCCUUCUUUUCUCCCGGUCCUUUCGACUGGCACCCAGAACGCGAUGGCUGUUCCAUGAGGUCAAGACUGGGUUUCCCCCUUUCUACUGCUUUACUGAUGCCCAGUCUCAUGGGGUUAGUUUUGAGCCCAACACUAUGGCAUCAUCGACCUCCCUCCCUGCUCCUCAAUCCCAGUCCAAGAAGCCCCUGGGCAAGAUGGCUGAUUGGUUCAGGCAAGCCCUAUUAAAGAAGCCCAAGAAGAUGCCUGUUAACCCAGAAAGCCACUCCAGUGAUGGUUCACAGUCAGCCUCACAGGACAGCCACCGACCCUCAAAUCCCAAUUCAGUCAUAUCUUCCAACCCAUCAUCAGCACACGUGGAUACCAGCAGCAGCAGGGGCCGCUGGAGCAAAGACUAUGACGUCUGUGUAUGCCACAGUGAGGAGGACCUGACAGCUGCCCAGGAACUGGUCGCCUACCUGGAGAGCAGUACUGACAGCCUACGCUGCUUCCUGCAGCUUCGGGAUGCAACCCCAGGUGGCGCCAUUGUAUCCGAGCUGUGCCAAGCACUGAGCAGUAGUCACUGCCAUGUGCUGCUUAUCACUCCAGGCUUCCUUCAUGAUCCUUGGUGCAAGUACCAGAUGCUGCAGGCUUUGACUGAGGCACCGGGAGCCGAGGGCUGCACCAUCCCCUUGCUGACUGGACUGACCAGAGAUGCCUACCCUCCUGAGCUCCGAUUCAUGUACUAUGUUGAUGGCAGAGGUCCUGAUCGUGGCUUUCACCAAGUCAAGGAAGCUGUCAUACGUUAUCUGCAGACGCUCAGUUGACACUUCUUAUGUUAUCAUGGGACCAAGGAAGUUGGAAUAAAGCAGAUAUAAUGAGACAUCAGGAGCCAGAGUCUGCAGCAUUUUAUAGUGGCCCUGGGAUCAGACUACCCAUCAGGCUUCUAUUACUGUGGGCUCCCCAGGAAGGCCAUGGAGAAGUCAGGGACUCCCCCAGGAAGGCCACAAGGAAGGUGGGGACUUCCCCGGGAAGGCCACAAGGAAGCUGGGGACUCCCCAGGAAGACCAUGAGGAAGCAGGGGAGUCCCCCAGGAAGCCAGAAAUAGAAGUUGGUAGGAAGUGCUGAUACCAGCAGGGUCAGCAGUCUUUUGCCUGCUGCCUAACUAGACAGGAAGCCUGGCACAUACCUGUCUCCUUCCCUGGUACUGGGCACUGGUGUAGAUAGGCAACCCUCCUAAAGAAGCACGCUAUUGUCAAUGAGCUGGAAGCCUAGACUGCAGAUCUCAGAAUGGAUGCUCUUCCCAGUUGCCUGGAGAAGCCCUGGAACAGGCAUCAGAAGAAAGCAACAGGUGUCAAGUCCUUCAUACACACUACUGCUGUUCUCUCUCCGAGAGACAUGGACUCACUUCAGAAAGCUGGAUGAAAGGUGCAGACAGCACUGUGCUGUAUUUUAUUUAUUGCACAAGUGCCAUUAGAUAUACAAAUCUAGGAUUGCAGAUGUACCUCAGGGUAGAUCAUAUGCCUAGCAUGCAUGAGGCCCGAGGUUCGAUCUCCAGCACCAAAAAAGAAACGUUGCCAGGCACAGUGGCACACACCUAUACUACCUGCAGCUUGGGAAGCUGAGACAGGAGGACUGAGAGUUCAAAGCCAGCCUCAGCAAAAGCAAGGAGCUAGGCAAUGCAGUGAGACCCUGUCUGUAAAUAAAAUGCAAACUAGGGCUGGAGAUGUGACUUGGUGAUCAAAUAUCCCUAAAUUUAAUCCCUGGUAACAAAAAAAAAAAAAAAAAAAAAAGGAAAGGAAAGAAACAAACCUAGAAGCUAUUCUGAAUGUACAGUAGAUGGAAGAACUGGGUUGGGGGGGGGGGGUGCGGGAGAAAGGAAAACCAGGGCUCAGGGAUCACCCUUCACCUGGAUCAAAGUCUACUGAUUUGGGCUGGGGAUGUAGCUCAGAGGUAGAGUGCUUGCCAAGCAUGCCUGAGGCCUUGGGUUCUAUCCCCAGCACCAAAAAAAAAAAAUAGCCUGCUGAUCCUGUGGUAACUGGGAACCCCAUCAGAGGUCUGGCUUUGAUUGGAGCUGAUGCUUUCAUAGUAGCUGUUUUUGCCUUGGACUGGAAGGACUCAACAUUUUUCUUCCAGCAGCAGACUAUAUUCCUUGCGGGAUAGGCAGGGUUUCAUUUAUCUGUUCUCAAUUCGUUUGUCAUUUUUUCAUGAUACUGGACAUAAAUGCCAGGGGCACUUUACCACCAAGCUACAUUUCCAGCCCCAUUUCUAUUUUCCUUUUUGAAAUAGGGUCUUGCUAAGUUACCCAGGCUGGCCUUGAAUUUGUGAUCCUCCUGCUUCAGCCUCAUGAGUUGCUGAGAUUACAGGUGUGUGCCACCACGCCUAGCUACAUUUUUAAAGUAUGAAUUAUUAUAUAUAAAAGAAUUAAGGAAUACUAUGAUGUAGCAACUCAUGCCCCUGCAGCACAACUUAAGAAGUAAAACCUUGGGCUGUGGGUAUAGCUCAGUGGCAGAACACUUGCCUAACAUGUGCAAGACUCUGGGUUCAAUUCCCAGCACUGAAAAAAAAAAAAACACUUUAUCACCUCUAAGGUGCUUCUUUUAGCCCCCAAAUUCCAGUUCUCUCAUCAAAAAUAACCACUAUUCUGAACUUUAAACUUGUAGGUUUUCUCCAUAAAGUUAUUAUGUUUGUAUGAUCAAACAAUGUUUAAUUCUACAUGGUUUUAUAUUUUAUAUAAAUGGCAUUAUAGUGUUUGUAUGCUGUGGGUUCCUUUCUUUGUUCACUGUGAGAUUUAUCCGUGCUGGCAGGUGUUACUUCAGUUAAUUUCCUUUCAUUCCACUAUGUAAAUAUACCACUAUUGUUAUAUAUUCUUCUCAAAUGGAUAUUAGGUUUCCAACUUUUUGCUACUAAAAACAAAUGAGCCUGUCAACUUUUUGCACAUGUUUCUGUGAUUACAAUUUUCUAGGGUUUAGCUUAAGUGGGGAACAGGCAAGUAGUAAAUAAUAUAAAUCUUCAGUUUUAUUAGAAGAUGUCAAAGUCUCUUCCUUAAUAUUUAAGCACAUAGCUCUAAAUUAUUAGAUGUUUUUAAAUAUAUGGCAAUAUUAUCUUUUCUAAAAGUUUUAUUUUAAUAUAAAAUAUUUACCUAUUACUUUUUUGUCUGUCCUUUUUGUGUCUUAGGAAAUUCUUCCCUACUUCUGUUAUUUCCUUCUAUAAGUAUUUGUCACAUUUAGGUUUUUAACCCACCUGGAUUUCUAAGGUAGGGGUGUUUUGUUCUUGAUUUUUUAAAGUCAGAGUUACAAUUUUUCCCUUCAUUUUCUAUCAGUUACUAACUAGUCCAUUCUUUCUCUCACUGAUUAUGAUCUCACCACUGCAUUGUAGUCAUGUAUUAUUAUAUGUGGGGAUCUGUUACUAGGUUCUCCAUUCUCCUUUGUUUGUCCCUUCGUGUACUGGUUUUCUGUGUGUGGUGCUGGGGAUUGAACCCAGGGCUUUCUGCAUAUGAAGCAAGCACUCUACCAGCUGAGCUAUAUCCCCAGCCCUGUCAUACUGUCAAGGUUUUAAUAAACUUUGAUAGCUUUUCAGUCAAUUCUCCCUACUGUUUUUAUGCAUUUGUAUUACUUUGACUUUUCUGAUUCCUUUACUCUUCCACUGUUUCUUCAGUUUUUCAGGUUCUAGGAAAAAGCCUGUGAGUAUUUUUAUUGAACGUACAUUGAAUUUGGAUUUAUUUAGGGAGAACAGAUGUUUUGAUGACAGAACCAUUAUACCUAUAAAAAUGGUAUGUCUCCAUUUAUGUAUUAAAAUGUGUUUCAAUAAAGACAUAUCCUUUCCAUA